AUGGCGAACUGGACAGAGUUCUCUUUGCCUCGACUACAUGCCGAUCCGCUCGUCCUCACCGUCAAGCAAACAUGUACUUCAUCUUCUCACAACCUAACUGUGCAUAGGGCGCGCGGAAUAUGCAUCCUAUACCUGGAGGUCUGCUGAAUGUCUGGCCCAAGCCAUCGCUCUGGGCGAGAUAUCGGUCACAGGAAAACGCAUUCUAGAGGUAAUGUCUGCCUUUAUCAAUACAAUAGUUUAACCGUCGUGAACGACGAUGUCCGCCGCGUGAUCCGUGGCAGGUUAAGAGCAGGGGCGGUGAUUUGCGUGUGAUUCCUUUUGUAGUCGUGGCAGACUUGUGCUGCACCUACCUCACCAUCUCUUCCCCCGCCUGGGCCCGAUCGUCCUUGCGGAACUCACUCGUUCCGUUAUGCCUUACGGGCUCUCUCUCGAGUCCAACCAGCAGCCGUGAGCGAUCGGCGAGCGCCCAUCUACCAUUGUAUAUUUCCGAUCGAAACCGAAAGUACAACGGGUCCGUAGCCCAGUGGUUAGAGGCGUUGAAAUUCCAACUGACAGGUCGCGAGUUCGAGUCUCGGGUGUCCUACACUUUGGGGUUGGGUAUGACUGGCUGAUGACGGCUAAUAGGCCAGAAAUGGCCAUUUCAGUCUCCCUUGUCUUUGUUGGUAAUGACAUACUGCCUAUACCAUGCGCCGCUGUACGGCUGCUGGUUGGGCUCGAGAGAGAGCCCGUAAGACACAAGGGAACGAGUGAGUUCCGUAAGAACGAUCGGUGAGCGCCCACUACCAUUAUAUUUGUUCAUAUAUUUUCGCUUUAAUCAGUAAUAUAUAUAUAUAUAUAUAUCGGCGAGGAGGGACAACAGAGAAUGCGGUUAGACUGAUACAGUACUGUUUUGGGUUUAUUUUGCUUCCAUUUAGCCCAUCAUAACCCUUACCAGCAGCUAGUACCAGAAACACAAACAUGCGCACAGACACACCUGGCGCAAUUGGUCCACCACUGAGGUUUACCAGAUGGGCCAUAGGCACUUCAUCUAACCGAUGAUCAUCAGUGCCUCGCCGCCUAUCUGUCUCUGUCGCUGUAGAUCGGGUAUUUAUUCGCUCAGGAAGGGGCACACACGAUCCACGGGCCUCCCUAAGCAAACAAGCUUCGUAGGGGUGGUAAAGGUCACGAACGGGUAACUAAUUACCAGGCCGAAGUCGUCCAAGUCAUAAUAGCAGCGAGGAAGGACGACAGAGAAUACGGGUAAAUUGAUACAACACUUGGCUGCUGGUGAGGGUUAUGCUUGGCUGAAUGAAGGCAAGAUAAGCCUGAAACAGUACUGUACCAAUCUACCCGCAUUCUCUGUCAUCCCUCCUCGCUGCUAUUAUGACUUGGCCGAAUUCGGCCUGCUAAUUGGUCGCCUGUUCGUGACCUUUACCACCCAUACGGAACUUGUUUGCCUCGUAGAGCCAAUAGAUCGGUGUGCGCCCAUUCCUGAUUGAAUAUAUAUAUGUGUGUGUGUGUGUGUUGAAGAUAGAAGGCUCAUCGGGAAAAAUCGAGUUGCACUCGUGAAUUUUCGAGCUGGUGACACCAACCCGUGUGGCUGAUGACGACAAAUAAGUCAGAAGUGGCCAUUCUGGUCUGCCUUGUCUUUGUCGGUGCCAUAUCUUUUACUUCUACCCCUUUUCUACGUAUUUAGACAAGAUGAUACCGAUAAGGGAUACCGCAAUGGCCAUCUCUGGCUUAUUAGCCAUCAUCAGUCAGUCAUACCCAAUCCCAUCUGCCAUAAUUGAUAUUUUCGAUCACAACCGACAGGGUAACAAGCCUAUGGGUCACUGGAAGAGCGUUCGAUUCAGUUACCGAGGAUCCCGAGUUCGAAUCCGAGGUAAUUGACACUUAGGAUUGAGCAUGACUAGCUGAUGACGACAAAUAAGUCAGAAAUGGCCAUUCACUUCUCCUCUGUCUUUUUCGGCACCACCUUAUCUACAUUGUGCAUAUGUGUAUACGGUAGGGGAGCGCUCGCCGAUCGCGUUGCGGAACUUACUCGUCUCGUUGUGCUAUGACGCUCUAGCCCCGCUAGCGGCGCAUUAUAUAGAUAGAAUGGUAUUACCGACAAGCACAAGGGAGACUGGAGUGGCCAUUUCCGGCUUAUUAACCGUCGUCAGCCUGUCCGACCCAGCCCCAUGGUGUGCUACACCUAGGGCUCGAUCCCGCGACCCGUUAAUUAGUAGUCCGACGUCUCUAACCACUGAGCCACGGGCUCGUUGUCCUGUCGGAUGCGAUCGGGUGCGUACAAUGAUAGAGGGGUGCUCACCGAUCACGUUACGCAACUCACUUAUUCCAUUGUGCCUUGGGACCCUCUCUCGCGAGCCCAAUCAGCAGCCCUAAAACGGUGCGUAGUAUAGGCGAAAUAACAUUACUAUCUGCCAGCCUUACCCGACGCCAGGUUUGAGGCAACCUGUGGCUCAAAUCCGCCCUUUUUGGUGGGUGCGGAUCCGAGCCUCAGGUGCAUCAAGUCUGGGGUUGAGUAGGACUGGCUAACGAUGUCGUAUGGACACUGUCCGAGUAGCAUCCGUAUUAUAUUCGGAGUAGCCGCACGACUGGUGUGUUGUUAGUCAGCAGGCACUUCUCCUUUUUCAGCUUGGUGCAGGCACGGGACUGUGUGGUCUGACUGCCCUCAAGUGUGGAGCUACCUGGACGACCUUCUCGGACCUACGUGAUGAGCUAAUCAUGGAAAGCUUGAAUGAGAGCUGUCGCAAAAACGAUGUCACCGCCUUUGAAUUCAUAGCCUCAGACUGGAACAACGUGCCGUGUGAACUCCUAAACGUUGACUUUGACCUCAUCCUUGCGGCCGACUGCAUGUUUGAUAAGAAAGGUAUCCUUUUUCUUCACUCCACCCUACUUUACCAGUCUACAGAGCAUAUAUGCACUGUGUGAUAGACGUAUUUACUCCCGGGAAAACUUUAUUUUCUAUUUCCUUUUCUCCCACUUUAAUAUGUAGUAGUGCUUUCACCCGAACUUCUCGAGCGCCGGAAGAGCAAGGCCCUCGGGCCUCGACCUGUCAAAUUCAUCCCCUCUUAUCCAGAGAAAAGGUCUGCAAUUAUUAACCUGCAGCAUUAUUUUAAGUGUAGUUCACUCUGGCGACUAGCAAUAUUUUCAUCCGGAAUGAGGACUGUCUGGGAAGACUGGGUUGGCCAUGUCUGGCUUAUAGCUAUGGCCAGUUAGUCAUACCCUAUCCCAAGUUCGGAUGCCCUGGGAUUCGAACCUGGAUUCUUUGGUUAUUAUGCAUUCUGCCACUGGACCGGGUACCCGUUGUGCUGUUGGUUCCGUUCGGGAAUGUUCACUGGGUAGGAUGUGGUUUGGUAGCCCCACCUGAUGGACACAAUACUGUUGGGAUUCGGGUUAAGGCUUAGGGCUAUGUGUUAUGAUUAGGGGUUACGGUUAGGGGUUAGGGUUUAUGAUUAGGGGUUAUAGUUAGGGGUUAAGGGUUAACGCAACUAUUUAUCAACCCUUCAAAGUACAACCGCGCAUUCCCAAUAGCUUUACUUUUGCGAACAACUACUUGACCUCGUCGCCUGUGCGUUCCCCGGCGCCACAUGUAAAAAUCCCUAUUACCACAGUCCCGUAUUAGAAGUGACUGGGGUUUGUUUACGUCACGUGGGGCUACGUAACCACAUCCGAUCACUUACUGUCACAGGAAGUUAUGGGACGUUCCCUUCUCGUUACGACUUCGUUCUCAUUCUAGAGCCCUCUCUGACAGUCGCAUAACGACUAGUCAUAUAUGUUGUGUAGUUCUCUGUCCUGCUUAUUUCUCCAAUUUUUAUAGUUUAUAGGGACCUUAAGAUGAAUUAGAAAGGACUCACCAUUUCUUGUCUACUUCCAUCUUUGUGCUUCCAGUAUUUCGCCCCUUCGCCGAGACUGUCUCUUUUCUUCUGCACAAAAAUCCCAGCGCCUUCGCUGUUGUGGCCUAUGAAAACCGGGGGUAGGACCAGUUUUUCCCCUAAUCCAUUUCCCAGGUCAAAGAAGGACCUCUUUUGCUUGUUUUCCAGCGUCGGACUGAUGAUGGAAUUAAUGCAAUCCACCUGUUUCGACUCCGACUCGCUGUUUCUCUUCAAACUCACUCUGAAAUGCAUUUGA